AUGAAGUACCUCUCCGCAAUCAUGACCACCGCGUCCCUCCUCUCCUCCGCCCUCGCCGCCCCCGCCCUCAGCCGCCGCGACGAACCGCAGCUACAGCAAGUACAAGUCGUCUACCAAGAAUGCGACACAGCAACCUCCGUCGAGGUCUUCUCCAGCGGCACCGUCGUCGCGGAGGCGUGCUCCAACACCCUCGACACGGGCUCCUUCGCCGCGCUCCCGAUCACGUUCGCCGUCGACCGCACCGGCGCCGGCACCGUCACGGUGGGAUCCACGACGUACAAGAUCCACGAGAAGAAGGAGGUUUCGGGGGGUAUCGUGUGCGGGCGGCUGUUCGAUGGUGGCGAGUCCGUGGUCUCGUGCGAUAUUGAGGUGCAGGCUGGCAUGGGGUUCCAGAGCUUGAGCAGGCGGCAUGAGUGUAUCCCCGAUGGUGAGACUACGAUGGCGAGGGCGUUGCGUAUUCGGAACCCGGAGCAGGAGUUGCAGGCGCGGUAUCUUGCGCCGAUUCCGUUCCUCACCUCGAGUGAGACCGACACCAACUCCGAGAAGCGUGAGAUCGGAAAGAGGCAGGGGUGCUACCCUCAGAAGUGGACUGAGCUGGUUGGGGACGGCAACCCGCACCAGAACUACUACCACUCCCAAAUCACCGUAUGCUCCCUCCGCACUAUCUCAAACUCAGGAGCACAUACUAACAAGACACAGGAAAACAACGAGUGCGGCCUAGCAACCUGCUCCACCGGCACCGAGACCUCCAAGUCCGUCUCCGUCGGCUGGAGCGUCGAGACGGGCGGCAGCAUCAGCGAGUGGAUCACCGGCGGCUUCUCCGUGUCCGUCUCGUGGUCCGCCGCGGUGUCCCAGGGCUGCGAGACCGAGCCCGGCAACACCGUCUGCCAGUGGUACCGGACCGCGCACACCGCCUACACCGUCCGCGCCGGCACGACCAACACGUGCAGCUUCAUCCGGUCGCUGAGCGACCCCAUGGUCCUCCGCUCGCCCAACACGAACAACGCCGGCGGGGGCUACUACUGCGUUGUCGGGGCCCAGUUCUGCCGCAGCUUGGGCUCUGCUUACUGGGACUUCAACGGUCGUGCUGGUGGUCCUUGA